UGGAGGCGCACGAGACAAGCAAGGCGCCGUUGCGACAACCCAACGCCGCAGCCUUGGGAUUAAAACGUUUUGUUUUCCUUCAUCCUCCUUGUCCUCCGCCGCCGCGCCGCUUCUUCUCCCGGUAAAAAGCCUAGAUUUUGACCAGAGAAGGAAGCGGAAGAGACGUCUCUCGGUCCCUCUCCCUCGUAAAUUUCUUCUUUUGUUCUUUUCACUGUGUGUGGUUGGAAAUUGGAAUCGUACGAUAAAGGCUCUUCAUUGUUCAAUUCGCCUAGUACGUAGGUUUAGUCGAAAUCGUGGAGUAGGUAGGAAGAACUUCGACGUAAUGGAACAAGCCUUCUCUGCUGAGGAGAUCCCCGAUCCACUCUGGCCCGCUGCGGAUCCCCCGGCCGCUGCCGGCGGGAUGAACCGGAGCGCGUCGGAGUGGUACUUCCAGAGAUUCUUGGAGGAGGCCGCCGCCGCUUCAGAAGCUUCCGAUCAUAAUAUUACCCCAGUCGGUGGUGCUUCUGUCACCGAGAAGGGUGAUGGGGCAAGAGAGGCCGAGAGCGAGACGACUGUCUCCGUUGAUGGAGGCGGAACGUCCGUUCCGCGGUCGACUGGGGUUGAUCCCGUGGAGUACGCCGCGCUGCUGAAGCAGAAGUUGGAUAUGUACUGCGCCGCCGUCGCCAUGUCACGGGGUUCUAGUGUAAAUCCUCAGGAUUGUGUUCCUACUGCUAAUAGUAACACCAAAUCACCUACUCCAGACGCUUCGCUGCAGGGACAUCAAGCACCGACAAAGGGUGUCCAGGGAAAACCAGCUACCAGUGGAUCCUCUAGAGAGCUCUCUGAUGGAGAUGAAGUUGAAGGCGAAGCAGAAGUGACAGAAAAUAUGGAUUCUGCUGAUGCAAAGCGGUUGAGGAGAAUGAUCUCGAAUCGAGAAUCAGCAAGACGCUCAAGACGGAGAAAGCAAGCACAUUUAAGUGAGCUUGAAGCACAGGUUUUACAGCUAAGAGUUGAGAACUCGUCCCUGCAGAAGCGACUCGCCGAUAUCAGUCAAAAGUACAACAAAGCUGCUGUCGACAAUAGGAUACUCCAAGCUGAUGUGGAGACUUUAAAAGCCAAGGUGAAGAUGGCCGAGGACAGUGUAAAACAUCUAACUGGGAUGCCUCCUUCCUGCUCGGCGGUCUCUGGCAUGACCUCCAUCAAUGCACCCUUUUCUACAAGCCUAUCGAACUUAUCUGACGGUGCUGUUCCGGUCCGCGAUGAUAAAUAUCAAAUCUCUCAGGCGCAGAUGCAGGACUUGGGCAUCAAUCCUGGUCUUCCUGAGACUACCACUUCAGUCGACGAUAUAUCCCAUGGUGUUGUAGCUCCGGGGAAAAUGGGCAGAACUGUCUCAAUGCAACGAAUAGCGAGCCUCGAGCACCUUCAGAAAAGGAUCUGUGGAGGAGUGCAAAAGUAUUCAGAUCGUCAAUCAUCUGUCAACAGACAGAUGCAUGGAUAACUGAAACUGCUUUUGAAGUCGAUGCUAUGAUGAUUCUUGUGUCUUUCAGAUUAUGUAGAUCAACUAAUCGGUAGUCAGUUACAUAAAUCUUUAUCUCUUCGCUAAACUUUAUAGAAAAGUAUAUCAUUUAUGAUUGUGACCU